UUAUAAAAGUUGAACAAGUUCGUAAUUUUGAUUGAUUUUGUGAGCAAUUUUCUAAAAGUAUUGCGUGUAAUUUUGUCGAUUGAUACUUUCAUAGUUAUAUAGCACAUAUUGUGAUUAUAAAUUAAAGAAAAUUGGGUAUUAUAGGUGUUCAAACAAUUACUAUUAGAACAAGCUGAAUAUCUGAUACCACAAUACACAUUAUUUAUUUUCAUUCUGUUUGGGACCUUAUUAAAGCCACAAAAAGUACGCAUGCUUUAUAUUACGUAGUAAAAUGGUAAACACUGAUGGUUGAUUAAGGUCAAAUUGAUAAUCUCACUGCCGAGUUCACAAUGGAUCCAAAACAAAUAACUGCUCUAGCAAAAUUAUUAAAAGAUAAAGGCGAUAAAGUACUAAACUUUGAACAUAAACUAUCGUUAUCAGGGUCAUUAUUAAGAGCCUUGAACGACUCUUUUAGUUUGAUUGUUGAUCAAAAUGAAAUAUUACCGCCUAAGAGUUUUCAGGUUGUAAAACCAAACAAUGCCAAGUCGGAUGUUUUUCGGGAUUUGCAGUUUAUUUAUGAUUUUGUACAAAAAACUACUGUGUUAAGUUUGAAUCAAUUCAUCAAUGAUGAUCCGUAUCGGUUUGAAGUUGACAUAAGUAAGUUUCGAAAUCUCAGAUCGCUUGAAAUUCAAAAGAUCCCUGUAAACCAGAUAAUUGGCAUUCAACAAAUGCGAUCACAAUUGAAUGAAAUCAGCUGCAUUCGUAGUAUAUUACAUGUGAAAGAAAUUAUCACAUCAUGCGGAGGAGACAAUAGUAAUGGAUUUACGUGGAAUGAACUAAGAAUCGCAAAUUUCUCUUACAAUAUGUUGCACCAUAUUGAUAGUUCUCUCGAAUUUACUCCAUGGCUAGAGCAUCUCAAUCUUAGUCACAACCAGAUCGUCAGUGCUUCGGCUAUUAAAUGGCUUCCGAACUUGCGGGUACUCAACUUAGGUUUUAACCGAUUAACGUAUAUACCAUCGUUUCAUGUGGAUGCCAUCAGAAAGCUACAAGUCCUUCUCAUAUCUAAUAAUUUCAUUGAAGAUCUUUCGGGCAUAUCUCGUUUGCUGAGUCUUACUGAUUUGGAUCUUUCGGGAAACUGCAUCGUAGAUCAUACUGCUCUUCUCCCCGUUAGUACGCUUUCUUUACUCUGCUGUUUGAGUUUGCAAGACAAUCCACUAGCAUGUCAUCCAAGGCAUCGACAGGCGACUGCUCGAUAUUUGAACAAAAAAACUUCUAAAUUGCGAUUUGUACUUGAUAGUGAGCCAUUAUCAAAGUACGAAAAAUCUCUUACCGGCAACUAUGACAGUUAUCAUGCUAUCCUGGUACCGAGAAGUCCGGGAAGUGUUAGUUCAAGUGGUUUCAAUACACCAACGAGAAAAAGUUUAAUGAACACACCGACCGGUAGUGUUACCUCGAAGAGUAGUUUCAACUGGGACUCUAAAGAUGAUUUAAGUUCUUCUGUGAUCAGCCAAAAGAGGAUAAAAGUACGUCGCGCGAUCAUUUCCGAAAGUGAACAGGACGAGAAAAAUUGUGCGACGGUUGAACAAGCGGAUCCAAAUGCUUCGACAAAAAGUUUAGAGUUCAGCAACGACCAUUUGGAAACGAAAAAGCAGAUCGAGAAACUUCGGAAGCAGUAUGGCAGUGAGUGGUUACAGAGUCAAGCGGGAAAUAUGGUGAAGAAUGUGAUAGGUUUCGAUCCGUCGAGCGAAAAGGAAUUCGAAAGUGUGAUGCAUUAUGAAAAUGACAGCCAUAGAGUAACGAUGUCAUCAACGAUAUCAUCACAGUCACUCAGGAUCGUUAGUACAGCUUCAAAGAAAGAAUUUGAGGACAGCAUGAUAACAUCCACUCCAGUGGACCGGGAGCGCUCAACUCUUUUGGAAACAUUUGAAUCGCCUAUCAAAGCUCACUUAGAACGACAAUCCGAUGGUCAGCUCAAUGAAUCAGAUUUCAAAAGUGUAAUGAACGAAAACGAUUCUAACUACCAAUCAGUUGCCAAUACAACAGUUGAAAACUCAAUGAAGCCUCCAUUAGAUCUGACUGACAUUUACGGAAAUAUUGCAGAUAUUGAAAUAGAAUCUGAUAUUGAGGAUAAUGAAAAGUGUUAUGUAGUUAACGCCAAGGGCAAUCCUACAGAAUUAUGCCUAAUAAUUUCCGAUGUGAGCAUACGCGAGAAAAAUAGUGGGAAAACUAAAACGCGCUGGGGUAUCAAGACGCUGCAGGCAUGUGAAAGACCUACAUCUACCAGUAUCACUUUAUUGUUUGAUACGGUCAAAAAGGAUAAAAAAACGAGGACGUAUGAGAUAGAUGAAGUUACCUGCCAACAGCUAGAACAAUUUCUACGAGAUCUUUUGUCUAAAAGACCAUUGUCGGAGAUGAAUCAGAGGCUCUUCAAAUGUGUUGUAUGUAACGCAAAAUUUUCCAGAGAAAUCAACACGAAAAAGGCACUGGAUGAUUUACAAUGUCCAGAAUGUAGUGGCGGUUACUGUAUUGAGAUAAAAGAAUCACCUACAAAACAUUUUUUGGACGAUUUUGACAAGCCGACCAGUUGCGACGAUGGUGUGGUAGGUGUUGAUGAAUUCGUACAGCCUGUAGCAGGAACUUCCGGUCUUGGAGCAGUGAUGAAAAAGAGUGGGUCAAAAAAUAGUAUCGCACCACCGGAUGCAUGGAAGGCGCCGGUCCAAAAUAAUCCGAGGUCAGCUGGCUCACUGAAUGAUUCGUCAUCCUGUUCGCGGAUAUCCCAACCAAGCAGUUCAUGUGAUUCUAAUCGUAGUGUCGCUGGUAGCACAAACUCGGAACGGGAUCGGGAUGUUGAUUUGCUUGCAAACGAGAGUGAUAUUGAAAUCUUGAGCAAUCCUAGUCAGAGCAGCAUUGAGGUUUUGGAUCGAGGGUUUCAUCCUAGUAGAAAACAUUCAGAAGAGAGAAAAAUAUUCCCGUUACCAGAGUUGGAUAGGACAAACGACGAAAAUUUUAACUUAUCGACAACUCUUAUAAACCAAGAAACUUCUACAAAUGAUCUCAUCGCCAAAGUGACGGAAACCUUCAAGCAAGCAAUCAAAGUUGAGGACACUUCAAACAAUGCUCCGAUUCAGUCAGACAAUGAAUUGAAUUCAAUGCUCAAACCUAAUAAUGUUCUACAACAUAAGAAGGCAGUCUUGACAUCUGCGAAUCUAACAGAAAGUAGCUCUUCCGGUUCUGUUACCGAUAGUGUAUGUACUGCCUAUGAGUCGAAUCAAGAUCAAAAGCAGAGUACUAUCUCUGAGGAAUCCAGUGACAAUGAUAAAGCGAAAAAUGAUCACCGUAUGGAUAAAAAUGUGUCAUCAGCUUCAACUAAAGGUGAAAAUUCAGUAAUCAGCACAAUGCUUGGCGGUCUCUUCCAAUCGACUAACAUGUUGAUGUCAAAAACUCCUAAAUUAAAUAAGACGGACUCCUCAUUAACACUUUCAUUUGAACCAAUUCGAUACUCGUAUAACGAUUAUGCAAAUGUGGACCAUAGAUUAAAACUAUACCUCUACCAAAAUUUGUUUGAGGAUUCAAAUGAAUCGCUUAAAUGGCUGGUUUCAUGUGUUAUUUUCGAUGAAAAUCAGCUUGAUAUUUGGCCUACCGGAUUUGAUGGAUUGUUUAUUAUGUCUACUACUAAGUUUUAUGUAAUGAAGAAAGUUGCUGCUGAAAGUGAUGAUCCGUCAACUUGGAUGAGGAAACAUUUAUCCGGAACAAUCGAUCGGGUUGGUAUUGUUCAGGUCCUUCCAUGGAAGAUUGGAAUGAAAUUCGUGAUUAGUGCAAUUGGCGGCAUUCAUAUCGUUUUGCAAGAUAUUCUACGUACAGAUUCCCUCAUUUUGUUUUUUGCAGAUAACCCACUCCCCGAAUAUUGUACAUUUGAUUAUCAGUCAUCUGAACUACUAACCGCAAAACUGGGUAAAGUUACCAAAGGUGAAAUGGUAAAAAUUUUGAUGAUUGUAAAUUUUUGUGACGUUUUGUCCAACGAUGAGCUGCAAAGCGUGCAGCUUUGUACGUUGUUAUUGACGGAUAACCAUCUUCAUUUAGCAGCAGAUAUUAAAUGGCUUAAUGAAAGUAGUAAGUAUCCGAUUGAGCCGAAAUACACCCAGUUGAUGACGAAUCUAGUCGAGCUAGAAAACAUCAAUGGAGUAUCGUGCCGACUUCAUUUCAUGGACGAGCAGGAAGAUAAAUACGAAACGUGGCGGAUAGAUUUUGCCACAGAUACUGCCAAAGAGAGCACUGUUACGACAAUUUGUAGUUCUUGGGAGAAGAUUUUCGGAGUGCCUUUAAUCAGUAGUAAAAGUGCUAAAAACAGCAAUAAUAAUAAUAAUAACAGUAGUAACAUAACUGAUGAUAAUAAUAGCCAUACAAAUGUUAGUAGUAUGUCUUCUAAAGGUAACAAAAAUAGUGCGACAAGUACCAGAAACUAAUGUGUACAUAUACCACCGUCCAUAUUUUAAUUUAGAAAGCUUGAGUUGAUGUCAGCAUUGAUAGACGUUUAUGAAUAAUUUGUUUGUUUCUGAGGUGAUAUUAGAUUUUAUGAAGGGAUACGUGUUUUAUCAUUCGUUCGUGUGUUGUGUACUAUGUAAAAUAUCGUGAUUACAACAGUUUUACUCUAUUUAACCAUAUGAUAGCUAAUUGGUAGUAGGUAUCUGAAUUAUGUGAUCAAAUCAUUUCACUGUCCCAAUUUGAUUCAUAAUGUAUAUAUAUAAACAUUUGCUACCUGAGCGUGAAUAAAGUCUAAUGUAUCGAAAUA